AUGCCGGCGAGGCGCGGAGAAGAACCGCUCCACACGAGCACGGAACACGCGAAAGCCGAAGUGCCGCGGCGAGGCAGCCGCCUGCAGCGUGCCCGCCAGGGCAGCGGCCGCCGGCCCCGGGACCCGCCCACGGUGCAUGCGCGGUGCGCGCAGCCGGCAGGAGGCGGGGCGGUGCAGGCGGUGCCGCCGCGUGGUGCCCACCGCGCCUGUGCCACCUCCCUCCGCGCCGGUUGGGCGGCUGCACUGCGCCUGCGUGGCUCGGUGUGCCAUGGCGAGAGGUUUGUGACGUCAUCGGCGGGGGCGGGACCGGAGCCCGGGGCGGGGAGCCGGAGCCUGCGCGGUUGCCAGGGUGACGGGAACACAACAUGGCGCACUGAGGGCCGCGGGAGGCCGGGCGCUGCGCGGCGGUCAGGAGCAGCUCGGCCGCGCUCUCGCUCACCCCGAGACCUGCAGGAGAGCGCAGGACGAAAAGUAAGGGGGUGCGGGGGAAGCGGCGGGCUCUGCUCGGUGCGGAGGCUGCGGGCUUGUGUGAGGGGCACCGCUGAGGAGGCCGGCGGUUACCGGGACCAAGUGAAUAAUUGGAGACAAAUACAAGCACUAAGGAGGCGUCCUCAUCCCAAUAUCCUUAUGUUACAUUAAGUUGUUUUCUCCCUUUCACUGAUAUGUGAACUUACGGAUAUGAAUCUUUAUGAGCUGAUAAAAGGAAGAAGAAAGCCAUUACCUGGGGAAAAAAAAAAAGAAAAUGUUAAGAACUCCAUGUACCAGUUAUGCAAAUCUCUUGAUUACAAACAUAGAAAUGGAGUAUUUCACAGAGAUGUGAAACCAGAAAACAUAUUAAUAAAGCAAACUACCCUGAUGUUAGGAGAUUUUGGAUCUUGUAGGAGUAUCUAUUCUAAGCAGCCACAUACGGUCAUCUCCACACGCUGGUGCAGAACACAUGAAUGCUUACUAACAAGUGGCUACUACAGUUGCAAAAUUGGUAUGUGAAGUGCUGGCUGUGUUUUCUAUGAAAUUACAAGUUUUCAGCCUCUCUUUCCUGGAUCUAAUGAGCUGGACCAGAUUUCAAAAAUCCAUGAUGUUAUAGGCACUCCUGCUAACAAAACUCUCGACAUGUUCAAGCAGUCAAGACUUGCAAGGUUUGAUUUCUCCUUUAAAAAAGGAAAAGGAAUACCUCCUGUUGUGCACAGUUUGCCUCCCAAAGGCUUCUCUCUCCUGUAUGCAGUGAUAAAAUAUGAUCCUGAUGAGAGAAUUGCUACCCAUCAAGCACUACAGCACCCUUAUUGUCAAGAACUCUGGCAACUGAAACACGUGGCCAUGCACAAAAAAAUAAGAUUACUAGGAAAUACAUCAGGGCAAGUACUUCUGCGUUUGUGGCAAAUUUCAAUGGCAAGUCAAAAGACAGUCAGCUCUGGCAAGUGUUCACCUCCUGUAUUCAGUAACUUCAACCUUCACUUUUUAUUGAGGAUGAGCUGAUUAUGAAUCAUAUGAGGUACUUGAUUUUGAUAGUUUCUGUAAUUGCUGAAUAUUUCUAUAGAACUAUAGCUAAAAACUAAAGCAACUUUUUAUCUGAUUCAAAGCAAAUAAAAUGUGGUUGUAGUUUUCUUCCAGCUGUUGAUCUCAAUCAAAAGGUUUAACAGAGACUGAUACUGCAGCUGGUUGCUUAAAAGAGCAGUAUGGGCUUAUACCUUAUGUUUUAGAAAUUUUGCACUGUUUCCUAGUAAGAGUUGUUAAAAGGCAGAGUUUUUAACUCACUUGGAAAGAGCCAUUAUUGCAGUUUGAUACUAUUGAUUUUAAAACUCCUGAUCUCCUAAAAAUCUGCAAUAAUUCAUUUGCAAUACUUAAAUUUGGUGAUGUGUUACAAAACAGGUUUGCUGCUUAAGAAGCAAAUGAGUUUGUACAAGUCAUACUUAGCUGGGGGUUUAAAAAUCUUCUGCCUACCACGUAUUCAUGCAAGACAGGUUUUGCCAAUAACCUUUUUUGGGGUUUUUUUAUUAGUUCUAAAAGCUACUCUGCUCAUAAUUGGGAAGUGAGCAGCUUUUUUUUCCCAGUAAUGAACCACCUCUGGGACUGCUGCUGCUGCUCAACAUUUUCUGUGUAACGAACAGUGAAACAAAAUCAAAGAGAAGGCAGGCGAGGGCCAUGUUGUAUAUAUAAAUUUAGUACAGGUUGUUAUAUAUAUAUAUAUAUACACACACGUAUGUAUGUAUGUAUAAAAUAAAGGUGUGAUGCUAAGCUUAGGAAAUAGAAUUAAGGACUGUAGGUCUACAGGCAACAAAGUAUAAGCGUAACCUCUGACCGUAUACCUUAAGCAAAAGCACCAUAAGCUUACCCAGUGUUUUUUCCCAGAGGGGAAGAUGGUGAGUUGCUUGGUGCCAGUAUAUUUGGAGUUAAGCAUGGUGUGCAGCAGUAAAAAUGGUCUAAAAAUAGGUAACUUACUGUAUCUAUGGGAUCUUCUUGCUCUCUGCAAUUACUGAUUUCUUUCAAGAUUAAAAAACCAAAAAAUACAAAUCCUCCUACUGACAUCUGACUGAUCAUUCAGCCUCAGAGCUCUCUCCCUAGCAUUACACAGAAGGCCGAGGCUUACAUUAUCAAGGAUAUGUUCUUGAUGGAGAUACGUUAAUUGUAUUGGUAGCUUCCCAUAAUCUUCUGGAAACCUCAAACCACAGAUGCUGAAGUUUAAAUAUUUCAACAUUUCAACUAAAAAGAAAAAAAAAUUCCCUCAGAUUGUGUCUGCACAAGGUCUUUCCUGAUCUGAAAAGUGUUACUGCAACUGUUUGCUUCUAUUAUUGAUGUAUCAGGUAGGUAAUUAUUCAUACACCAGAAAAGUGGUUGUUUUUUGACAAAAGUCAGAAUUUUUGCUAAGUUUAAACUUGGAGAGAAGCAGCGAUCAGGGUACUGUCUUGUAUAUUUCAGUUCUCUCUUACACAGUCUGUAUCUGGGGCUGUCAGGCUGUUCUAAUGAAAAAGGCAAUUUCACAUUCAGCAGGAUUUUUGAUAGGAAAAUUGGAAGUUUGAAGGGAAGGGCCACAUUGGAAUUUUUCUUCAUUUAUUUUACACUUUCAGGCGCAUUUUACACAGUUUGGCACAUAGGAUGCUUCACAGGUAUUUAUUUAAUACCAAGUUCUUUGCUGUUAUAUUUCUGGAGACAAAUUACGCUUCUCUGGCUGUUGGCUUAGUUGGCAAACUUGAAUUUUCCCACCUGCUUUAUAGUUAAAAUACACUCAACUUUAAGCUACAAACUGGAAAGCCUUCUUUCUAGCCUCAUUCUUCCAGCUAAAAUUCCAUAGUGAACUGAUCCAUGUUCCACUCGCUUUUAUUUAUUUUUUUUAACAUAGUAGGAAAAUGUUAUUAAGAGCUGUAUCUAUAGUAGAACUCUGAGUUCUGUUCAGGUAAGUUGUAAGUAUCCCUUUUCUUCCUAAAAUUUUUUUCUAUAUGGAAUAAAGGGUGGGAUGGGCAGUUCAAGCGUCUAGAGGACAUCCCAAUAGUAAAAGGGAGGCUGAAAAAAGAACCACCACAGAUGUACCUUGUAUGCAGUUGAACUACGAUUUGUAGCAGGGACAUACACUGCAAUCACAUAUGCAAGUAGCUGCUCUUAUUACCCUAAUGUUGGAUACUCUGGUCCUUUCCCUAGGGGUUUUGUAUUUUUCCAGCUGAAGGAAAAGUCUUUUAAAGUCAUUACACAUUUUCUCAAGCGUUUCAUUUUGACUCAGACCAUAUGAAGCAUCUACACCAGGGAGAUAACGACACUAGUUUUUAGUUCUGAGGUUUAUCUGUAUUUUAACAGUUAAACCCACUAUGUUAAUAAAACUUCUGAAUGAUAAUCCUGCUCAGUUUCAGUGUUUUCCCCAUUCCUCAUACUUUAGAAGAACAUAAGACAGAAUUGUGAAGUACAGCUCCAUCUUUAAUAACGUGGACAAUCUAAUGGUCAGCUUAUAAAUGUAUCUGGCGGUUUUCUGCACAGUAGCUGAAUUACAAGAAUUAGACUUAGUUACAAGUAGCCACUGCAGUUGUUUCUCCCCAAAUUUUCAUUCAUAUCCUGAAAAAAAAAAUAUAUAUAUUCUUAUGCCAGAAAAUAUCUAAACUUUACUUGCAAUUUAAAAAAUUCUACCCCACUUUACUGCUGCUAGAGCAGGAAAGGCAUUAACAUGUGCCCUCAAAUACAGCAUGUGCAUACUCGGGCAAGUUCCACGUUCCCAGGCUAGUGGCCUGCUGCAGGAUUCAGCAAAAGCCUAAUUGAGAACACUGCCAUAUAGGGAAUAGAGGAAAAGAUACAGCAGGUACUUCUGUUCUCUGUCGUUCUGGGGCUUGACACAGAGCAGUAUCUCCUGGGGGGGUUAAUCUUUGCAAGAACUAUUGAAAACAAUUCAAGUGUUCUGUUGCCGACUGAUUAAAAAUAACACGUGUUCAGACAAGCGGCACUGAACUGUACAAAUACACGGCUACGUCUAUCUCCAUAACACUUAGCAGCUUACGAGUGUUGAAUUAUAAAUGAGAUGUCUGAUGUAAGACAAACAAG